CCCACUUGGUGAAAUACUACUACUACUUAAUAAAGGGACUAGUCAGUCAUGCACACAACACACAACACUAUAACAAAUUACACUUUCUUUUCUUUCACCAUUUAGCAACAAUAGAUUCAUCACUUUCCUCUACUAUCAUAGUGAAAGAAAUAUGAAUUAUGGAUUAUUUGCAGAUUCAGAAUGUAGUAGUGGAUGUGAGUCUGGUUGGACAUUAUACUUGGAAAAUUCUAUCCUUCCACCUUUAACUUGUUGCAAAGCCAAUAAACUUGAAAAGUUUGUAAUGACAGAACAAGAAGAAGAGGACUUGUCUAUGGUUUCUGAUGCAUCUUCUGGACCUCCACAUUUUUGUGAAGAAGAAGACUAUGGCCACAGCAAUAGGGGCUUCUUUUCUCACGCCCCCAUUAACGUCACAUUGCCUAAAUGCAAUCCCAAAAAGCAGAAAGCAAAGGAAAAACUGCAAGCUUGUGCACUGGAUGAUACAGCUAGCUCUCCUACGUUCGGUUUGAUUUCCAAUGUUUCAACAAUACAGAACAACUUUAGAAUCACCAAUGACACAGCUUCAGUGGAUAAUAAUAUAUUGGACUUUUCACAAGGUCACUCUACAACUCACUUACAGAGGAGAUCUACAUACCAGGAGCAAUAUGGUUUCUUCCAGUCAUCUCUGUUACCUGGAAACCAGUUACAACAAAACCAGUGGUUUGAAGAGAAAAAGUGGGGUGGGGAUAGCAGCUAUCAUCAGUUUUAGCACGUAGAUGCUGUCUGCAGCCAAAUGAUUGUGUGUUUAGACAGAGGGAGUAAAAAUUGUUUACUUGGAUCUCAAAAGAGAUCUUUUCAUCUUCUUUAUAAUUUCAUUUUUUUUUUUGGUGUGGAAACAACUUGAAGGAACAAGUUGGAAUUCCUUUUCCUCUUUUUCGGAAAUAAGUUUGUUCUCAAUGAAAAGUGAAAUAUUAGAUUUUGAAGUUA